UAUUAUUUUUUUUCACACUAGAUUUGGUAUAGGUUCUAACUUCUAGGUAGUCGAAAACCUAAAUAUUGUAAAGUUCGUAUUUCGUUGAGUAUUUUCAGUAGUUUAGUACCACGAUAAUAUUGUUAUACUUGUGCUCCGACAAUAUUGCCAUCCGUCGUAUCCGAUUCAACUCUGUCUGCAGUGUUAAAUAUUUAUAUAUAAAUAAUAGUAAUAAUAAUGAAUAAUGUCAUCUCAGUGCGCGUCGUCUACUCUGUGCACCGUCGUCCAGUCCAGAACCAUGACAGCUCGAUUGGGUGCAGUUUUUUAAUUUAAUAGAUUUAAUCUAUAUGUAAUAGAAGAAAAACUACUUAAAAUGAUUAAGAAGUGAGUACCAUAAAGAACCCGAAUGAACAAUGGGUUCGACACAAGGGGAGAUUAGAGUUGGGCCAUCUCAUCAGGCUAGAUUACCAGAUUUUCGAACAGCUGUUAACAAUUUGAAUGGAAUAGUUGGAGAGGAUAGAGAAGAAGCUCGUUGGGUAUCAGGCACAGUGAGAGAUCGUGAUUUAUUAGUUUAUUUACGCGCAGCUCGUUCCAUGGCUGCAUAUGCUGGUAUGUGUGAUGGGGGAUCAGCGGAUGAAGGUUGUAUUGCCGCAUCACGCGAUGAUACAACAAUCAAUGCUUUUCAUAUUCUACAUGAUUCUGGUUAUGAUCCAGGAAAAGCAUUACAGGCUCUAGUUAAGUGUCCAAUGCCUAAAGGAAUUGAUAAAAAGUGGUCCGAAGAGGAAACGAAAAAAUUUGUAAAAGGAUUGAGGCAAUAUGGGAAAAAUUUCCAUAGAAUCAGAAAAGAUUUACUACCCCACAAAGAUACUCCGGAAUUAGUGGAGUAUUAUUAUUUAUGGAAAAAAACGCCAGGUGCAAACAAUAAUAGGCCACACAGAAGAAGACGACAAGGAUCAUUAAGAAGAAUCAGAACUACUAGAGCUACUAGACCAUCAAGUGCUCAAAAGGAUGAAUCUAGUWCAGGUUCUCGACCUUCUCCUAUUUCAAAAGAACCUGGUGAUGGAAGUUCUGGUGUAAGUGAAGAUGAUGGUGGUAAUACUGAAGAUGAUUCUGACUCUAGGGAUAAUACUACAUUAUUUCGAUGCCAUCAUUGUUUUGCCACAAGUACUAGAGAUUGGCAAAAUGCAGCUAUUGGGCCAAAACAAGGAAAUUUAUUGUGUUUUGAAUGUCGAAGUUAUAAUAAAAAAUAUGGUGAAUUACCACCUACACCUCAAUCACCCGCUGAGUGUCCUAGCCCAACUACUUCUGAUGUUACUGUUACUGCUGAAUCACCUAGUAGAAUGCGUACUCGCAAUAAAUCAAAAGAAACGCCUACUAAAAGCAUUCAAAGUAGAUCAAAACGUAGCAGAGCAAAUACACCAGAAAUUAGUCAAGAUAAUGAAAAAAAAGAAAUGUCAGUAGCUUCUCCUUCAGCUGAUAAAUCUAAAUCUAAGGGAAAUUUGAAUGAUACACCAAAAAAACGAUCGUUAGAUACUGAUGGCGAAGAAGAAAGUCCGUUGAAACGUGAAUCAAAUAAUUCUGAAAGCACUAGUUCAGAUGGAUAUUCUGGUAAUGAUGAUGAAACUCAAAUUGCCACCGUAGCAUUAAGUGAAUCUAUAAAUCAAGAAACAGAAGUAUCUGAAAUUAUGCAAACAGAAACACAACCUGAAUCUGAAUUUCUCCCUGUUGUUAUUCCUAAAGAGGAACCUAUUCAAGAACAAAAUGCUGAAUCUCAAUCUGAUGAUAUGAUGAUGAUUUCAGCUGAUAAUAAUAGUAGUGAAAAUGUGUCAAUUAAAAAUGAAAACAAUGAUGAGCCUAUGAAUGUUGAUGUUCCAGAAGAAUCUCAACUGUCUAUAAAUUCAACUGAUGAAGCUGAAAAAGAAUCUGUAGAAAAAACAUCAUCAUACUCAUUGCAGAAUUCUCAGUUUGCCACUGAAAAUGUAACACCUUCAGAUACUGAUGUUGAAGUCAAAGAAGAAUUAACAACUACAACAACAACUACUUCMGAAGAGAUUUCUCAGGCUCGAGUUGAACAGCCUAUUCAAGAAGAAUGUAUGACUUCGCCAAUUGCUUUAACUUCAUAUUCACCUAGACGUUCAGAAGCAAUACAACCACCCACAUCCAACCCAUCUCAAAUACUUGUGCCUAAUUUUCAAAACACAUUUAAUGAUCAAGAGAGAAUUGGAGAUAAAUCAACUUUAAAUGUGCCUUCUGUUCCUACACCUGUGACACAAUCUUUUACCACUCCAUUUUAUCCAUAUAACAACAAUCAAAUUUCGGAUAAAAUACAUAUUCCCGUAUAUGAAACACAAUUAGAACCUCAAAAUUUAAAAAUAAAACAAGAAAUAUCAGAUCCAUUACAGUCAUUAAAAGAAGUCAAAGUUCCAGGUUACAAUGGUCCUGGUGCAGUUUCACAACCAUUACAAGCAACUAGCUCUGCAAUCACAGUUAAUACAGAUUUAGCCAAUAUGUCAGUUGAAACUAUUAAAAAGGAACCAGAAUUAAAAUCUCCAUUACAAGUCAAAACACAUACACAAACCUCAUCUGCACCAUUAUUUGCUCCCCCAUCAUCUAUUCCUCAACCCGUAAUGCAUCCUUCACAACAAAUGUCACAAAUAAGUCGAAUAUCUCCUGCAAGUGGGGUCCCACCCCAUCAUCCUUUUGCUGCUAUGCAUCCACACCAUCCUUUAUUACACCCACAUUCAUUGUUUGCUGCUGCUGCAGCUGCGCAUGCAGUUCUCCAUAAUCCUUAUCAUCCUCAUGCUCAUCCWGCAUAUGCAGGAUAUCCACCAUAUGGGUUCCCAUAUGCGCCUUAUCCUAUUCCACCACCAAGUAAGCGUGGUCCUGAWGAAACAACGACUAUGACAGCUCAUCAUCAUCAUUCAGUCAGUACCAGCAGCCGUUUAGAUGAAGAAAUUACUCAUCAUUCCAGCUCAACGUCAGUUCAACACCUUUCAAGUUCUACGGAUAAACAUACUUUAUCCCAUUCAACCACUUCAUCUUCUCAGUUGGUACAACAUAAGUUAAAAAGAGGAAACAGUCCUCAAUCAGGUUCAAGUCAUAUAUCUGCAACUUUAUCGCACACUACAUCUUCGUCAUUAUCUACUCAUGGUGGUGCUGGGAAUACAGGAAAUGGUAGUCAUACACAUCAUCAUCAGCAUACUCAUCACCAUCAACAUGCGUCAUCAUCUGUACAUGGAUCAAGUCGAAAUUUACCUCCUCAACCAAGUGCUAUUAAAGGAAUGCCACAUCACACACCAUUAUCUUUGGAAGCUCUAAGAGCUCAUACAGCAAUACAUGGAUAUAUGGGAGCAAUGGAGUUAGCAACAGGAAUGCCACCUGGAAUGGAAAUGAUAAAACCRGAUCAAAUGAUGAGUCAGAGUACUGAUGAUGGGAAUAAUGAAGAAGAGAGUUCACCAAGUCCAAAUUUACAUGUACCUCAUGGACCAUCUCCUGAACCUAAAAUUGAAGAUAGUGAAUGUCAUCGUAGUCAAAGUGCAAUAUUUUUGAGGCAUUGGAACAGAGGUGAUUAUAAUUCUUGUUGCCGUACUGAUUUAACAUUUAAACCAGUUCCUGAGUCCAAACUCAGUAGAAAGCGUGAAGAACGAACUAGGCGACAAGCUGAGAAGGAACGUGAUGAACGAGAUAAAUCUCAUUCACGGAAAAAUUCAAACAAUGACAAACAUAUGCAAGCUCCUAAUGAACAAAUAACUAAACCACCUUCACGAAGUAGCAUUGAAGCACUUCAAUCACCUUAUGAUAGGGUUAAUAGUUAUCAACACAGAGGUGCUCCAGCAAACACUCCAAUGUAUCCAGACACUCCUGCAUUACGACAGUUAAGUGAAUACGCAAGACCUCAUGCUGGUUUUUCACCAGUGUCAUUACAACGUUCAGCACCAGGAUUAGGUUUGCCACCACAUUGCAUUGAUCCAAUGUUACAUUAUCAAUUUAACAUGUAUCCACGUGACAGAUUUGAAUAUGAACAAAUGGAACGUGAAAAACGUGAAAGAGAAUUAAGAGAACUUCGUGAAAAAGAAUUGAAUGAUAGACUUAAGGAUGAAUUUUUGAAGUCUGGAUCAUCUGGUCCACCCAGAAUUGAUCCUCAUUGGAUUGAACUUCAACGUCGUUAUGGGGGAACACCUGGUAUACAUCCAUUUGGUUUGUAUACUUCACCUGGAGCUCCUAGUCAGCCUAGUACCCCCAGUAACAUGAACCCCUUAGAUAGAGAACGUAUGGAUAGACUUGCUGGUGGGCCAAAUGGAAAUUCAAAUCAAAAUAAUUCAGGUAGUGGUCCGCCUGGCCCAUCUGCUGAAGAAGCAAAUCGUCUAGCAUUAGCAACAGAUCCUAUGGUCAGAUUGCAGUUGGCUGGAAUUUCACCUGAAUAUCAUGCACAUACACAUGCACAUUCUCAUACUCAUCUACAUUUACAUCCAGGACAGCAAGCAGCUGCUGCUGCUGCGGCAGCUGCAGCUGCUGAUAACUCAGCUUCUUCUUCUUCACCUUCAGUAUACCCACUUGGUUCUUCUGGUGGUUAUCCUCGUCCAAACCUUUUACCCGGCCGCGAUCCUACAUUAGGACUUCAUCAUCCGAGUGAUGUCUUAGCCCGACCAUUUGCAGAUCAAGUAAGACCGUUUCCAGAUCAAGUUAGACCAUUUCCAGAUCAAGUCGCACAUGAACAUUUUCAAAGACAAAUGAUGAUGGAACGUGAACGUUUUCCACAUCCAGCUUUAAUGGCUCAUGAAGAAUUUAUAAGGCAACAACAACAAAGAGAGCGAGAAAUGAAAGUUCGUGCUCUUGAAGAAGCUGCACGAGGAAGGCAAUAACUUUUUCAAUGCUUUAAAGAAAAAUAUUACUUGAUACCAGAAGGGUAAUAAAUGUAAAUUAACUAAAUUAACAAUAUUAAUGGUAUU